ACCCUCCGGGAGCAGACGCUCGUCGGUGCCCGCCCGUGUCGCCUCUGCGCCGGCAGGCGAGGCGCACGCCUUCCUCGGUCGCUCCCACGCCUCCACCUCUCGAACCCGCUUGGACCGCACACACGUGGAUCUCAUUUAAGACGAGAGGAGGCGACGUGGGGGUGGUGGAAAAGUGGAGGAAGCCGCGGAGCAGCAAAGUUUGAAGAAGAAGAAGAAGGAGGAGGAGGAGGAGGUUGUGUUGUGACAUGUGGAGGUCGUGUGUCCAUUUUGGAGACAUCCGUCGUUCCCGUCAUGUGUGAAGGGGAUCGGACAUGCAGCCCCACGUCUGCUUGUUGCUCGUCGUCGUCGUCGUCGUCGCCGCCGCCGCCUCAACGUCAGUUCAAGGAGAUCCGCGGAAUUCCACAGAGGAGCUCGCCAUCCCCGUUCCGGAUUCCGACGGAGACUUCGCCAGUCCAUCUCAAGUGGGGUCUGACUACACAAGCACACGAGAACCCUACGGAGGGUCUGAAUCGGAGUCUAGUUCUGCCGCGCCUCUUAUUGCGUCUGGGAGCCCCGAUAGCGGCGCUCUCCAGCUUCCUGAGGAAGUGGGCGACAAUGGAGGGGAAACAUCUGUUUCCGGCUUUCCACUGACAGCGGUGCUGACCCGAAACACCCAAAGAAAUCCGGGAACCCCAGAAGGGACGCGUGGAUCUCACACCUCCAGGCAGGCUUUUCCGCUUGUGACGUCCUCCCCAGCCACUUGGACACUGCCUGCGACCCCUGCUGGAACCACAGGAACCGUUUAUCACCAGGAGCUCGGUCGAUCAUCCUCAAGUGGGAUGGAAGUUUUUGAAAAAUCUACUUCAGGGCCAGUUUGGGGGUCCAUGUCAUCCCAAACAGACUCCUCACAAAGUAUAAAAAGAAGCACACGCAUGCCGGAUGCCACAGAGGGGACAUCAAGGAUCUUUAGUUCUCUUUGGACCACCAGAAAUGCCACCAUUGCAUCUGGAAGGCUCCAGAACUCGUCAGGGUCGGAGGAUGGGAGGAAAACACCUACAUUUACGCCCACCGUGAGCACAAUGAACUUAGGGGGCACUGAGGAUGAAAUGGAAACACCUAAUUACAUACCACAUGUGAGGGUCUUGGGAGGUUCUCGGGAAGACGAAACAGGAACGCUGAUACCGUCGUCCUACGCGAUCACUGUGUUGGCAUCUGAUGGAGUUCUGAACUCCUCUGGCUCUGAGGGCCAUAUAGGAAUGCCCCGAUACACUCCCCAGGUGGGGGUCAUAAACUUGGGGUUCUCUGAGGAUGGGAGCGUAACCCCUGGACACUCAACCCAAGUAAGCACUGUGAUGGUGUCCGACCCGUUCCUGAAUUUAGGGGGCUCCCAGGAGUGGAUGGAAGCAUCAGGACACACAGCCCAAGAUGGACUCUUAAACUUAGGGGGCUCUAAGGACACAACGGGAACGACACUUGUGAGCACGGUGUUUGUGUCUGGUUCUGAGGACAGUACAGGAACACCCCAAUCCACACCCUGGGUGGGGAUCCUGAACAGGGGCGUUUCCCAGGAAGAGACGGCAACGCCAGUUUACACUUCCCACACGAGCACCAUUUUGGAAUCCACGGAGGUUCCGAAAUUGCCUGGCGGACAGGAUGGGAUGAGAACACCUGGGCCCACACCCCAGGUGGGGGUCUCAAGCUUUGGGGGCUCCAAGGAUGGGACAACAGGACCCAGAAACUCAACCCACACAAGCACUGUGUCGGUGUCCAGAGAGGUUCUGAGAUUUGGGGGCUCCAGGGACAGUAUGGGAAUGUCUACGCACUUGCCCCAUGCGAACACAGACAACACCCACCAAACCACACCCACACCAACAACCCUCAAGAACUUGCCUUCUGUGUCCCCCUCUGUCCUGGAAGUUCCAUCCCAGGACAACACAACCACAGCCCCGCUCGUGAUCACACAAAGAACUCCGAAGACAGGGACCAGGGACGGCAACACUGUAACAACACGUCAUCCGAUUCUGAAAACCCAGUCCGGUUCGACUUCUUUGAGUGGCACAACUACCCGCAUACCCAAAGUCUACGUGGUGUCAGACCAGCCUGCCGCUUUCAGAGUGGAGUCCAUCGAGGUGCUGUUACAGAUUGUUGUGGUUGAGUCCAGUUCAGCUUCAGGUCCAGAUCUGGAGAAGGACACCAUUGCCUGGGUGGAGCCUUAUCUGCAGAGGGCGCCAGGGUUCAACAGGAUGUCUGGAGUGUGGGGCAGCGGCCGCGCCGUGCAGAUGCUACUGGAGUUCGAGAGCGUGGGCGCUCUGCGCUGGCUCUCUGCCUCGGGAGCCUCGACGCUGCUACACCAGACGGGACUGGACGAGGCCGAACGCUUGGGGAGGAGCUUCAGAGGGUCAAAGGUCAUCAAUAUAACACUGGGGGGCGUGCAAUCGGACAUAUGCGAUUGGUUGCUGGCGUGUCCUGGUGGCUUCCGUUGCGUUUCUCGCCCCAACAACAGCUACAGCUGCUCCUCCGUGUGCCAUUUUGACUUCUGUUUCCAUCACGGCGUCUGCACCCACCACCCGGGACAACUUCCUGUUUGUCGCUGCCUGGUGGGCGACGACUUCUGGUUCAUGGGCUCGAGGUGCGACGUGCGUAUGACGCGCACCCGCCUGGUGUGCACUUGCGUUUCCAUCCUGGCGCUGGCCGUGGCCCUGAUCGGCUCGCUGGCCGUCGUCGCCGUCAGGCGUUACCGAGCCGCUCUGAUCCAGGCCAAGGUGGACCAGACCCGGAGCAGCUACCGGCGGUUCAACCAUUUCGACGAGCUCUCAUCUCGCUUCUGGCUGCGCUCGGGUUCCGCUGACUCCGUGGACAAUCCGGCGUUCACGCGCUCCGACGAGCUGUUGCACAUGCGAGCUCUGGACCGGCCCUGCUGCUACCACGACGACACCCUGUCGCUCGCCUCCGCCUCCGCCUCCUCCGCCUGCACGGGCCGCGUCGCGCGCCUCAACACCAUCUACCCCGACAGCUCCCAGUACGGCUGGCGCGGCAGCGAGCUGAGCGUGGGCGAUGGCGUGCUGGACUCGGGCAAGGCCAGCGACCUGUCUGUGUGCAGCUGGCCCGUGGAGCCCAUCCAUUGGACGCCCUUCCCGCUUCUGCGGCAACUGGCCGCCACCCACGCUGCACACACGGUUCGGGUCCCCAGGCCGCGCUCGUACUGCGAAGGCAUGGAGCUGGUGGACAUGAACCGCAGCUGGACCGCAUGACUCUGAAAAUCGGCGGCCAUGUAACAAACAUUCUUAAUAAGUCGUCUGUGUAUAUGUAUGUAUGUAUGUGGCUGGUAAUUCAAUAAAUAUUGUAUGUCUAAGGUG